CGCAGUUGAAAAAUCUUGAGCUGCGAUGUAUAAUGUACUGGCUUCUGCAGUCUCGGUUCCGGAAAUGACACGACCACCGCCACUCGUCAGACGGCACUCGGAUCUACCGCACUUUGAGUCUGUGGCACGAAUUUCGAGUUUACCGCUGAUCGAGAGUGGCAUGAUAAUAGCUGGAAAUGUUUAUGAGAAGAUUAAGCGUUCCAAUUCACUGAUGAAUUGGAGUCUUGACACCGCUGAGCAAUCUCUCGCGAUGGCAACUGCAUCCGCCAAACCCGCGAUCCUAGUUCUCAAUGGUCCAAUCACAACUUUGGAUAAUCUCCUGUGUAAGGGAAUGGACAUUGUGGAGCAGAGAGUGCCAGCAGUUCAUUUACCACCGCAACUCUUGUACUGGAACACGCGAGAGUACGUGAAUAACAAAUUUGUGAGGCCGGUAUUGAAGCGUGCCGGAAGCGUCAAGCAAAUCGGUAGUCAAGCAGCGGACGCCGCAGCUGAUCGACUCGAUGGUGCACUCACCGUCGCUGACAAAUACGUGGAUCAGUAUUUACCGGCGGAUCCAACCGACACGUCCCAAGAAGAUGCAAAUCCAGUACAGACAACCAGUAAAACAGCGCGCACUAUAAUUCACGGAGCGAGAUUUUCGAGGAAAUUGCAGAGGAGGCUAACACGUCGCACACUGGCGGAGGCGCGGGCCCUCAAAGAUCAGAGCACGGAGUGCAUUCACGUGUUGCUUUAUGUCGUCGAAUUGAUCGCCACAGAUCCAAAGAUGGCUUUCCAGAAGUCAAAAGAGCUUUGGGCCGCACUAAGCCUCCCAGAGCCUGAGAACCAGGCGCGUCCUGCAACCCUCGAACAACUGCUGGUGCUCUUGACCAGGGAAUCCGCCCGCAGGGUCGUCCAUCUGGUGAAUGGUACGAUGACCCUUGCGGCCAAGGCCCCGCGGCGCCUCGGAGUCACACUUAUGACGAUUUCACAUCAAUUAUUGUCGAUAGCGGAAGUCACACUAAAGAUGACUCCGAUAAUUGGGAAGAGUGAAAAAACAGACGCCCAGAUAUCAAUUCUACGAUCGGCCAUAGAGCACCUUAGAGUAACAACGAAUUUAUUGUUGGAACGCACUGCAAUAUUCCUUGCAGGUCGUCCCAAGCCCAAGAAGGUGGCAUCCAACCAGGCUCACGAUAAUCACAACAACCACCUGACCAACGAGGCCAAUCGUCCGUCGAAUGGAAUCGGAAAAGUUGUCUCUCCAUCAAAAACGGAAAAAAUGGCAGCAGCUCAGGUAUCAUUUCCGCAGAUUGAGGUGUUCAAUCGUGUACUCGGAUUACCGGUUGUGGAGCAAGCAAUAGCUGUAUCAGCGUCGACUUAUUCACGCGUUAAAGACUCGAAUCAGCUUCUUCACUGGGUACUAUCAACAGCUGAAAAUUCAAUUAGCGAUGCUACGAGACGGGCAGCGCCCUUUGCAGCUCCAAUUGCCAUGAAGUUCGAGACACCAAUUCACUUUGUUGAUGAUAAAUUGUGCAGGGGUCUCGAGAAAAUACAGGAGAAGGUGCCGAUUGUCAAUGAGACCCCCGAACAUAUAUUGGAGAAAGGCUAUAUGUUCGCCUUACAAACAGUGCAGCCAGCGGUGUCGAGGAUCUCAUACGCCAAUGCCCUGAUAAUCUCCCAGGCAAACUCCCUCAAAGAAUUGAGCUGGAACAAAGCUAAUCAAAUAUUGGGUAGUUACUACGGCACAGUAGCAGUCCAUCGACUGGACAGUACUGCAUCGGUAGUGGAUAAACUCAUCGACAGAUACUUUCCACCGACUGGAGCGGAGAUCGUCGAAGAGCCCGCGUCAGCCGAGGAGGAUGCCCUCCUCCACACCCUCCAGACAGUUGGAAGACUGUCGAAUAAAGCGGCACGUCGAGUCUACGGCAACGUUGUCUACAAUCUUCGUACCAUUAACAAAGACAAAGUGAGAACAUACAUCAACAAUGUUGUCGAAUUUCUGCAAAUUGCCCGGUACCUCCACGCUGUGAACGAGAAAGUGCAUCAGUUCACUACUCCCAUGAAGGAUUCAUCCCAGAAGAAAUUAGAGGGUAUUUUCACCAGAAUUGAAAAAAUGGCAGAGCAAGUACCGAGUCCUACCAAGGAUGGACCCCAUUUGGAGGUAUUGAAUCGAGUCAAGAAUAUUCCAGUGGUCAGUACAGCUAUCGAAAAAACUGGUUCAACGUAUUCGUACGUCAAGGGCUCCCAUCAUCUCGUAAAUUGGGCAUUGAAUCAGGCUGAGGCAGGAAUAAACUACGCGGCAGCCACUGCUGCACCCAUCGCAGCCCCAAUAGCUAAGAAAUUUGAGGGACAAAUUAAUACCGUCGAUCAGAAAUUGUGCCAUGGCCUCGAUAUUGUCGAGCAAAAAGUUCCGAUGGUCAAACAACCACCGCAGGAAAUUUACGAGGCUGCGAGGAACGUGAUGAGCACUUCUCUUCAACCCACAAUUGAGAAAAUCACGGCUGUUAAGGAAUCAGCAACUCACCAAGCUUCCACUGUUAAAGAAAUUAGUAUUAACAAGGCAAAUGAGAUUCUCAACACUCACUACGGAGCACUGGCCGUUCAGGGUAUUGACAACACUAGUGCACUUGUUAACAGACUUUUGGAUCACUAUUUUCCGCCUGUAGUGGGCGAAGAGGCUGCACCAGCACCAGUCUCAGCCGACGAGAACAAAGUACUGCACACAGUGCAAACAAUUGGUCAAUUAUCCAGCAAGACUGCGAAUCGCGUGUACCAUUCAGUCGCGGCUCAGUUGAGGACACUGAAGAGAGAGGAUGUGGCUGCAUAUAUGCAUAGUGUCGUUGCAAUUCUCCAUUUGACGAAUUUCCUCAAUGGAGGAAGGGGAGAGAGCCCCCCUGAAACACCCACCUCACCUGCAGAGGAGAAGAAGGACCAAGAGAAAAAAUGAACGAUGAUCAAUUUACCUAACUUAAGCACUCUGAGCAACAUUUUCGUAUAAAACUAUAGACUGUACUAACAAAGUGUUUAUGAAAUUCAUGUAAUCCAAUUUUCACAUUUGCAUUAAAAAUAUUUUUCUUUACCAA